AUGGAGUUAGGUAUGACUGAUGAUAAAUAUUCUCAGUUACUUCCAGCAAGUGAUCUUAGCAUAGGAAGUAUAACAAUUGUUGAGAGAGAAGGACAGCUAGUCGGUGAGAAAAACCUACCAAGGGCCGUAAAAAUCCACGAGCAUGGCGAAAAGAUCGAGAGCCUUGAGAAGGAGAUCAAAAAGAAGGAUAAUGAAAUCGUCGCCCUUCAGAAAACUCUACAGGCUCUUCAGGAGAAAAACGACGAGCUUGAGAGCGCGCUUGACAGAAAAGGCGAAGAGAUCGAUACUCUACAAUCGAGAAUCGACGAGCUGGAAGACGAGAAGACGGAAUUGCAAAGGGAGUUAGGAUCGGUGAAAACCGAUCUCGGCCUUUUGCGAAAGGAAGUUGAUAAGCUGAGAAAGGCGAAGUCAAGCCAGGAUCAAACUAAUUUGAAAUGUAGGCAAGAAUACGAUGGGCUCCGGAGAACCUUGGAAACAACGAGGGAAGAUCUGGAAAAGAAAACAAAGGAGAGCGAAGAACUCAAGCAGGAAGUGAGGGAUAUCAAGGAAUCGCAUCACAAAAGCCUUCUUCCUUUCGGGCUAGGUGCCAGAGCGCAUUCAAAGCCCCCUCCAGCAAUACCGAAAACCAGCGGAGAAGCAUUGCUACACUUAGGCGAAAUGUGUCGUCAACUACAAAUCAAGCUUUAUCGGUUUGUAUUUCCCCGCACAAGUUUUAAACAUAUCAAUUACAAAGUUGAUGCCAUUCACCGCCAUUUAAAGAAGUUCCAAGACUCCGAUGCUCAGAAGAUAUGGGAGUCGAUCCAGGAGAGGUUUCACUGGGAUGAGACUCACGAAGAGGCAGUCACCUUACUACAAGACACACGAAACAUCGAAGCUCAUCCAGAGAUCUCUAAGGAUUCGCUUCAACGCGCCAUAAGCAUAACCGCUCAGUCAAACAACUUGGAAGACAACUGGCUAUCAACGAAGCUCCUACAAGAACUGCUUAAAAUCUGGGAGACUGAUCUGUCUCAGUAA